AUGGACGAGAAUGAUGGCAGCAUUGUUUCCUACGGCCCGAGCCGGAAUCUGGUUGCCCAGCCUCUGGAAACAACGGAUCUUCUGGCCACAGUCGUCCCACUCAAUCAGUCGGAGCGUUUGGGCGUAAGUCUGAUCUCCGCACUCGAGAGACCCUCUGGAUUCGGUGCAAGCCUGCAGCAGAUGGGAUUCUAUUUCGGGAAGCUUCCCCCUCGACUGGGUCGAAGCCGGGCACUUGACGCUGCAGUCAAUUGUUUCUUGUACUCUUUUACCGCGGUCUCUGCUGGUCAGCCUCGAAAUCAAGCCCUCGAGCUAGCUCGCUAUACUACUGCCAUCUCCGCGCUUCGACAAGAGCUCACCCAGUACGACGACAACGGCCUCCUCUCCACGCCGUCUGAAACAUUGUGUGCGUCGCUCCUCAUGGCUCAGUAUGAGAUUUUGAAGCCGGGUCCCGCUUACUCUUUCGUCACGCUUUCAGGCGGUGUCUCUGCAAUCCUGCGAGGUUGUGGUCCCGGCCGCGCGCAGGCGUCCGAGUUUGAAGCCGCGAUCUUCAUGACCCAGUAUCCGAGCAUUAUCACGCAGUGCAUGCUGCGCGGCGAGGACUGCUUCCUCAGUGGGCCAGAAUGGGUGAACGCGAUGCGUAGGACCGGCGGCGCAGACUCUACCAGCCCUCUCAUGGCCGAGCUCUGGACGGUCCUGGCAAGCCUGCCUGGGCUCUUGGUCCGUGCCAGAGAAAUGGACCCCGCGUCUCCGUCCUCGACCUCAUCGCCGCUCUAUGCGGAACUGCUCUCUCAGAUCUACAGCAUCCGCGCCGCCAUCGUCAUCCACUCCGAGACCGUUGCCCGCACCCUCUCGACACCGGGCGUCCACGCCACCUGCCCACGCGCCUACCGCGGCCCAGUCCCCGCGGCGGUCUUCCACCCCGAGAGCACCGCUGAGUCAGUACAGCCCGCGCGGUCCAUCAAACAAGCGACCUUCUACCACGGCUGCGUCAUCCUGAUCAACACGGUGCUGCAGAACUUCCUCGCGCCGCGGCCCAACCCGGCCCUGUCCCUCCAGACCGCCCAGUCGGCGACCUUUGUUCUAGACACGCUCGACUUCGCCGCCACCACCAAGCCCUUUGGCUGCUUCUACAUGACCUUUGCGGGCCCGCUGUGCUACGGCGUGCUGGCCGACCCGGCCCAGCGAGGCACGCUGCUCGCCGGGAUGAAGUGUAUUUUUGACGGGCUCGGCAUCUUUUGGACCCAAGAAUCGAUGCGCGAGGUCUUUUACGCGCUGACCAGGGGUGGUUGGCGGAAUCGAGUCGUCUUGACGGCGACGAGGGCGCGAUGA